AUGUCAGCUGCCAAUGACACCAAAUUCAACUCUGCAAUGUUCCUUUUCACUGGGAUACCUGAGCAGGAAUACCUCCAUCUCUGGAUCUCUAUCCUCUUCAGCUUAAUAUAUGUUAUUUCUAUAGGAGGAAAUGCAGUCAUUCUGUUUAUUAUAAAAACAGAUCCAAGCCUCCAUGAACCCAUGUACAUUUUCCUUUCCAUGUUGGCCCUCACAGACCUUGGCUUAUCGAUAGCCACCAUGCCAACGAUACUGGGCAUAUACUUGUUUAAGUCUGAAGAGAUCAGCCGUGAUGCUUGUUUUGCCCAGCUGUUCUUCAUCCACUCCCUUUCAUACAUUGAGUCCUCUGUGCUCUUGUUGAUGGCCUUUGAUCGCUUUGUUGCAAUCUGCUACCCGUUGAGAUACGCUUCUAUCUUAACUCCACCGAGAAUAGCCAAGAUGGGGCUGGUGUUUGUGCUAAGAUCUGUGUCCCUAAAUUUCCCACUUCCCUUUCUCCUGACACGAUUCCAAUACUGUCGAGCCAAUGUCCUCUCCCAUUCCUACUGCCUGCACCAGGAGGUCAUGAAGUUGGCUUGUUCGGACAUCACAGUCAAUAGCAUCUAUGGCCUGUCUAUUAAACUCUUAUCAGUGGGGUUGGACUCUGUGUUCAUCUUCCUCUCCUAUGUGCUGAUCCUCAAAACUGUGCUGAGCAUCGCGUCCCAGGCGGAGUGUCUCAGGGCUCUGAACACCUGCGUCUCCCACCUCUGCGCCGUCCUGCUCUUCUACGUACCAGAGAUUGGCCUAUCUGUGAUACACAGAUUUGGGAAGGGCUCUUCUCCCCUGCUUCAGAUUAUUCUGGGCUACGUCUACUUGCUGGUCCCAUCCCUGAUGAAUCCGAUCGUGUACAGUGUAAAAAGCAAACACCUUCGUGCAAGGAUAACCAGGGCAUUCAUCAAGUGA